UCCAUUGGCAGUCUGUGGACAACAGCUUUCUUUGUCUGCGUGCGCACUCAGUUUCCCGAAAAAUCAAAUGAUGUCACAGCUAGAUCACGGGUUUUGAAGUCUAUCCCGGUAAAAUUUGAGGGACCCUUGAUAUUUCUGUUUUGAAUGCUGCUUGGCGCCCAUUAAACAUAUAUUUUAUAUUGUUUUUAUGUGUAUGGGCUUAUUUGGUCGCCGAGGAGCGACUAGCUUUGCUGCUCGCGUCGUGCGUGUGUCUGUUGAGCUUGUGUGGCCAUGAGCGUGCCUGUGAGAGCGAGUUCCGCUCCGCCCAACUGCGCCUCGCGACAGCCUAGAAACCUUUGCAACCCGUAGCGUGAAGAGGUUUUAAUUAUUAUAUCACCCCCACCUUACCCCUAGCCUUGUGUUGGCCGCGUGAACUUUACAGUCAGUUGAACCUGAGAGGCCCGCAGUGAAUUGGCUUUGUCGUCUGGUGAAAGUCAGUCACAAUUGCACAGGCGAUUUCUGGGUUCUCUGCAGUCCUUCAGGCAAGCAUAGAAUCCCUUCAAAAUUCAACCUCCAAUGUGGGCAGCUUGUAACGUCCGCUUAAAGCAAUGGAUGUACUAAAGGCACUGGUCAUUACAUUCAUCAGCUUUAACUCACAAUUGUUUGGUCAACCGCUUGUCCAAGUCAGAGAAGACAGCAACGUAUUGAGUGUGCCGUUUACUGUAGAUAUCAUUUCUGCAAAUUUUAACACCAUUUAUAUCAGCAACGUGAGCAUGGAACAGCAACGUGUAUUUGUCUAUAGGUACAACGAAACAAACAAGACAACAGCGAUACGUGUUUCGACCUUCAGCACAGAGGCUCAAGACGACUUCCCCAUUACCUUUGUUGUUCGUGAGCAAGAGGACAUUCUUUCUUGGAUGAUUCCUGUGUCUGCUGGUUUUGAUUAUAAGUUCCCAUCAAUGGACCGCACUCUGUGUCCUAUGGAUGAGACAAAAAGACUGAACUUGACAUCGCCACAACGCGUCUAUGUGAUAGUGGACACAAUGUCUGACACCAUUCGCAGCUUCAGUCUCAAUGCCACCAUCUUGCCUGACUUUGAACUUGUACAUGGUCAGGACAGAGAGUUGACAGCAUCCCCGUCACAGCCCCAGUACUACAUGUACACCUUUCCUAAGGAUGUUGAUACAGUUUUUUUGAGGGUGACAUCCAAUAGUGAUCUCUGUGCAGUGAUCUCAGUCCAGCCAAUUCAGUGCCCUGUGCUGGAUCUUGACGAAGACAUUGGGACUUUGGGGAAACAUCAGACUAUGACUACAAAAGCUACAUUUUUUCUAGAACGGAUAGCUGUCAAGUGGAAACCCUGGGGUAAGUCCCUCUUUAAUACUCCCGUGGUUGCUCUUAUUUACUGCGCUUCAUUACGAACCGCGGUUGUAGAGGAAAAUGGUCGUACGAUUCAUUUCUACACUUCGUCGCUCUCAGAAACUGUUACCUUUCCGCUGAAAAGUGACUAUCAUAGGUUUCAGGCCUUUUAUGUUAUCGUCCUGGUCAAGCCAAAGCUUCCACGCUGCUCAGCGCCAGACGACAUCCCCCCUCAAGAACGCCUUAAUGUGACAACCAAGAAUCUCUCUAUACUUAUCACAAAUACCAUGUCAAGCUCAGAAAUAGACUGGAAGAUCGGCGUUGUCAUACUGAUCUACGCUGGCGUUUCUGCAGCUAUUUUCCUCCCUUGCUGCAUUGUUGGUACAAUCGCAAGGUGCAAAAACACCUCAUGGCAGACAGGUGAUACCUGUCGUAGAAUGAAAAUAAAGACACAGAAAUGCUUCCGAAUUAUAUUCUGUGGCCAAGAACAGACAUUAUCGGACACGUCUAGAAAACAGCUCAGGAGCUCACAACAUGCAGGUUCUCAAGCUACGAGUGAUUCCCAGUUGGGUAGUGGCCAGCACUCAAGCUCACCUGGGAUGGAUCCCCAAGCUAGCACUUCUAACGCGAGAAAUAUUGAGGACAUUGAUGGUGAAGGUGACACAUCAGAUGUUGCCCCCUUACAGGAUGCAGGGCCCGACUCAGAUGUCACAAGCAACCAGACAGUGGAGGCUCCAUUAAACAGGUUUGUCAGUACGGAGAGUUACAACGAAACUGCCAAAGUCUGUCUAUGGAUCCUUGGGACUAUUACCCUUUUUUAUGGUCUACCUGCGGUACAGCUGGUCCUGACCUAUCAAAAGAAAAUGAAUGAAAAUGGCGAUGAAGAUCUGUGCUAUUACAACUUUGAGUGUGCUUAUCCAGUGCGUUGGUUAGGAUACGAAAUCCGUUCUUUCAACAGCUUCAUCAGCAACAUAGGCUAUGUCUUCCUUGGUAUUUUCUUCCUCUUUUUAGUGUUUUUGAGAAAUUUCCUGCAUACAUGGGAUACAUUAGAUAUUCCAAUACGUCAGAAUCACAAUGGAAUGCUAAAACAUUUUGGGUUGCUGUAUGCCAUGGGAUUCGCUCUCAUAGUGGAGGGUGUCAUGAGUGCUUGUUACCAUAUCUGCCCCACCUACUCUAAUUACCAGUUUGACACCUCUUUCAUGUAUGCUAUUACCUCCUUGUGCAUUCUGAAGAUUUACGAGAGUCGCCACCCAGACGCUCAGAUUAAAGCACACAGACAUUACUUCUGUAUGGGUGUAUACACCUGUUUUGCUGUUCUGGGAAUAAUUUUUGACGAACACUGGGGUGUUUGGGUCUUAUAUGCAAGUCUGCACGGGCUGUGUGUUAUUGCGGUCGUAAUCAUCGUUUGUACAAAAGGAAUCAUCGAAGGCGAUCAACAUGGAAACAGGUGUAAUUGUUGUAAUUGCUGUUCUUGUACCUGUCAUGCGAAGUGCGUAUUUAAGGUUUGGCUCGUGCUUAUGGUUAUGUUCAACUUGGCGCUUGCAGCGUAUGGUGCCGGAAAGCGAAAACCGGACUUUGCGACCUAUUUACUAAUCAUCUUACUUGUGAACCUCUUGUGCUAUCUUCUACUGCAUAUCGUUAUGAAGGGCUGUUGUGAUGGAAGAAUCGACAUAUGCAACUGUACUUGUAGUUGGAAAGACAUCUGCUCCUGUAUUUGUAGACUGUUGAACAGAUGCACCUGUACUUGUAGUUGGAAAGACAUCUGCUCCUGUAUUUGUAGACUGUUCAACAGAUGCACCUGUACUUGUAGUUGGAAAGACAUCUGCUCCUGUAUUUGUAGACUGUUCAACAGAUGCACCUGUACUUGUAGUUGGAAAGACAUCUGCUCCUGUAUUUGUAGACUGUUCAACAGAUGCACCUGUACUUGUAGUUGGAAAGACAUCUGCUCCUGUAUUUGUAGACUGUUCAACAGAUGCACCUGUACUUGUAGUUGGAAAGACAUACGCUCCUGUAUUUGUAGACUGUUCAACAGAUGCACUGUUUUCACUCUGGCUGCUAUUAUCAUGUGGGGUGUGGCUAUCUCCUAUUUUGUUUCCAUACUGUCUUCCUGGGAGCUGUCACCAGAAGAGUCCCGGACGAAAAAUAUGCCAUGUGUGCUGGACUUCUAUGAUUAUCAUGAUAUCUGGCAUUUCCUGUCUGCUGGUGCUAUCUUCUUUUCAUUCAUGGUUUUGCUGACUUUGGAUGAUGACUUGGACAAUAGGCCCAGAAACACAAUUUUUAUUUUCUGAGAGUGAUUUGUGUCCGACUGAAUGUCUGAAUAUACAACAACUGGCAAGCCUUUUGUUGUCGACAUUUAUAAAAUUCUCUCUCCAUUUCUCGGAUAUUCGUCGAUUAGUGAGACGAUUUGGAUGAAGAGUCUCAGGUCGCAGCCAAUUCACAGGGCUGGAAGUACAUCGAUGGGACCAACAUCAGACAAUUGAGUUCUGAGCUCAAAGAUGAGAAAUUUAGUUUCACUUGUUGUCACACUGUUUCUUAAUUUUAUUUACUUAACUUUUUUUAAAAUCAUUGUUCUUAUUUUCUUUUAGCAGACCUGCCGGAUGUUCAUUUUUAGGAUGCAGUUUUCGUGGUACAAAGUUUCAAUAGUGAGUGGUUUGUUCUGUUCCGUGGGUAGAACAAGAGGUCAAAGGACGGGGAAGGACCGCAUUGGUUGAACUGUUUUUUGUAUUUUGGUUCUGUAUUUACUUAUGUUGUUAAUUAUUUAAAGGUAAGGUUAAUGAAAUUGAAUAUUAUUUUCACUAUUUCUGGGAUUUGGGGAACUUUAAUAAAAACCGCACUUUUAAAAAAUCUUUUCCUCAUCCCUUCUUUCACCUGGCUUGGGCGAAUUAUGCUCUGUCUUUUCGUCUCGCAUAAGGAUAUUUCAGUAGUUUUUUUGUUUUGAUGUACAUUUGUGGUCGUCACUACAACUACAUUUUCAGGAUGCCUCUUGUCCAUAUUUGUGGCAACGAUUUCUUUGACUGAAGAUUUGUCGACUCAGAUCUGCAGGGUUUUAUUUCCCCUUCUUUGAUUCAUGGAUGUGGUAGAUGCUUGUAUAUUCUAGGUGUGAUAAUUGAACUUUUUUCCUUUUGUAGUGUACUAAAUUUGUGGUAAAUUCUAUUCUAGAAUUUGUUUUUUUAUAUCUAAACCAUUUAAACAUGACAUCUUAAACUGUGGAAAAAGCAGAACCAGGCUUCAAAUGACUAAUAUUUCUGAAUUCUUCCAUUUUAAGGUUGUUUUUUUUUCCUCUUUUUUAAGCGCGUUAAGUUCUCAGCAAUGUGUAUACUGUAUACUUCGUUAUUAUCAUAACUACCAUCACUAUCAUCAUAAUCUUAACCCAGUAUCUGUUUUCUCAUCAGUUCUUUCUCCUAAACCAACUUCCACCAUCUUCACGGUCAGUGUAAACCCAGAAAAGAGUAAUCUAUUGAAGUUAUUGUAUACUCAUGUGUCCUUUAUUUACCAGUAUUCCUUUUCCAUAUAUCACGUAUACCCGUUUUAUCUUUAAUAUACCUAUACAUAUAGACAUGUAUGUAUUUAUUAAAAUCUCAUACAUGUAAUUAUCACCACUAACAUCACAGUCGUUCUGGCAGUUAACAAACCAUGCAAUACGCACGCCUGUCUCGUGCAAAAAUUCAUGCAAUGAUCACAAGUAUCAUCUCCGAAACCACGACCUUAACAAUGCACAGAUGCACCCGAUGAACCACAUUGUAAUCUUUCGUAGUGUGCUGCUUGUACUAUUUUUGAAUAAAAUAACAGUCUCUCUUGUUAAUUAUUGUUUGGUGUCAUUUGGGCAAGUGGUAUACAUGUUUGUUCAAGAAAACUAAUAAAAGUUAAAUACAUCAUUGCUGA